GACGGCGGGGUCCGCGCGGGGCCCGGCGGCGCGGCGCGAGCUCCGGGAGGGCCCGGCGAGCGUGGCUGCGGCCCCGGCGUCCGCGCGCCGCCCGUGCCGCCCGCUGCCAUGGGCCCCGGGCCGCCGGCGGGGCCGCGGGGCGCCGCGGGGCCGCCGCUGUCGGCGGUGGCGCGGCUGAGCUUCGCGGUGGGCCACUUCCUGAACGACCUGAGCGCCGCCAUGUGGUUCGCGUACCUGCUGCUCUACCUGCACGCCGUGCGCGCCUACAGCUCGCGCGGCGCGGGCGCGCUGCUGCUGCUCGGCCAGGCCGCCGACGGGCUGUGCACGCCGCUGGUGGGCUGCGAGGCCGCGCGCAUGCGCGCGCGCUGCGCCCGCUACGGCCCGCGCCGCGCCUGGCACCUGGCGGGUACCAUCUGCGUCCUGCUGUCCUUCCCGUUCAUCUUCAGCCCGUGCCUGGGCUGCGGGGAGCGCACGCCCGAGUGGGUGGCCCUGCUCUACUACGCGCCCUUCAUCGUCAUCUUCCAGUUCGGCUGGGCCGCCACGCAGGUCGCCCACCUCAGCCUCAUCCCCGUGCUGGCCACCAACGACCACGAGAAGGUGGAGCUCACCGCCCUCAGGUAUGCCUUCACCGUGGUGGCCAACAUCGCCGUCUUUGGCGCUGCCUGGCUGCUCCUCCACCUGCAGGCCCCUGCCCGGGACAUGGAUGUGGGUGACCAGCUGGGGGCCCAGGAUGUGCCCGUGUUCCGGAACCUGGCCCUGCUGGUGGUGGGCGUGGGCGCCGCCUCCUCACUGCUCUUCCACCUGGGCACCAGGGAGGGGCGCCCGCGGAGGGCGGAGGAGCCCGACGAGCGCAGCCCGCUGCUGGCCCCCACAGCCCGGCCCUUGCUGCUCUGGAAGCACUGGCUGCAGGAGCCAGCUUUCUACCAGGUGGGCGUGCUGUACAUGAGCACCAGGCUCAUCGUGAACCUGUCUCAGACCUACGUGGCCAUGUACCUCACCUACUCCCUCCACCUGCCCAAGAAGUUCAUCGCCACCAUUCCCCUGGUGAUGUACCUCAGCGGCUUCUGCUCCUCCUUCCUCAUGAAGCCGGUCAACAAGUACAUGGGGCGGAACCUGACUUACUUCGCCGGCCUCCUGGUGAUCCUGGCCUUCGCGGCCUGGGUGGCGCUGGCGGACACGCUGGGCGUGGCCGUGUACGCGGCGGCGGUGCUGCUGGGCGCCGGCUCUGCCACCAUCCUCGUCACCUCGCUGGCCAUGACAGCCGACCUCAUCGGCCCCCAUACGGACAGUGGAGCCUUUGUGUAUGGUGCCAUGAGCUUCUCAGAUAAGGUGGCCAACGGGCUGGCGGUCAUGGCUGUGCAGAGCCUGCAUCCCUGUCCCUCGGAGCUGUGCUGCGCGGCCUGCGUGGGCUUCUACCGCUGGGUGAUGGCGGCGGUGACGGGCGGCGUGGGCGCGGCGGCCGCGCUGGCGCUCUGCAGCCUCUUCGUCUGGCCCAUCGGCCUCCGGACGCGGGACCCCGGAGCCCGGCCCUGACGGCCCGCCC